CAAGAGAUGCUGAUGGACAGGGAUGGACAGGGAUGCUACUGGCCCGGAUUCGAAUGGAGAUUUGGGUCUUGGCUGAUGGGGACAACAUCCACAUUUCAUAUCCACUAGUAUGACAGUGGACAGCUCGACUACUGUAACGACAACAACAACGACGACGACGACGAUCAUCUGCUGCGUUCUGUCUGAUCCAUCCUUUUUGUCUACUAGAUCUAUCCUUGGCCCUACUCAUCUCUCCUCUCUCCAUCAGGGGAUUCCAUUACUCUCCUUCUAAAUCACGCAUCCAUCCCUUCAGCUCUCGCGUAAACCUCCUGCCUGACGUUAUUGCUUCCGCUGCGCGCUUUCCGACCAGAAUAAUGGGCUCGUGACAGAACAUAUUUUACGACACCGAAGGCGAAGCCAUCCUCGCUCUCUUUAUCUCGACAUUUCUACUUCUUACUCAAACGGCGUCGCCGCUGAUCGAUCCUCCCACCUCCCCAUACCGCCAGUAUGGGUGACACUCCUGGCUCGAACGACGUCUCCCCUUUGACCCGUACCCCCCGCGACCGCUCUCCUACGCCUGCAUCCGCGACCACAGACCGACCGAAAGACUCUUCACGAGUAUUUUCCCCUUUACGGAAAGGCGAAACAGUUUCCAGCAAUGGCUCUGCCACCCUCGCCCCAAACACUGCCCCCAACGGCACCCCAAUUAUAACAAAGUCAGCCCCGACUGGUGAACCCACAUCGGAUAACGAGGGCAGCGAGUUCCCAUUUCAUGCCAUUUCGUCACAGCCAGACUCGAAUCAAGCAAAGGAAACCAAAGACGGCGAAGGAACAUCGAAAUUCCCUCCGCGCUCUGUCGGACCCAAUGGCUCCAUAGGCGCAAACCCACCGAAACCGAUAUCGCGACGCCCGACUGCUGAGGGGGACGAGUCGGAUGCUCCCAAAGGCCGGAGAAGUGUCCAGUUCGCACGAUCUGCGACCUUCGACUCCAAUCCAGCCACACAUUCCCGGCACCAAUCCUGGGACACUGACGAGGAAGGUGGAAAGGGUAAAGAGAAGGAAAGGCAGGGCUCGUCCCUAAUAACAAAGCUGAGGGGAGCAUUUGCUACGCCCAUGCAAGGCCACGGCCGGACACAAAGUGCAUUUGCUGGCAGCAGCAACACGAUCCCCGAAGGAUCGCCACACGGUCAAAUGUCUCCCGCUUCCGAACGUGGUGAUUUUAGGUUCGAUGGACAGGAUAGUGAGGCGGACGCUGAUGCGGAGGAGAGCGCUGGCGAGGGUCCGUCACGGCCAGCGCGGAGGAGAAGAAAGAGCCGCCGCUGGUUCGAUGAUGGAACGCAGACCGCACCCACAACGCCCAAGAUGGGUGGCACAAACGGCACGCAUUUCUUCUCUCGAGAUUCCCCGGGAGGCACACCAACUUCAACCACUGCCAACCGUCCUAGCUUCUUACGACGCGGAACAAUGAGCGAUAUUCCAGAGAACCAAAGGCAAGGGGUAUCGGAAGAUGAGGGACGCGAUAGGCUCGCCAAGGAGAGUGCCUGGACGAGGGGGCUUCACAGCGCCAGGGGUCUGUCAUAUGGAGGACUUCGCAGGCACGAUCACAACGGUGAAGAUUCUGAGGAUCGUCGGCCCAGCCAGCUGCGACGACUGACUGGAUUUGGCGGGACGGGAGGUGAAGGGCAGCCGUCACCAUGGCGCAUGCGCAGUGAGCGUACGUCCAGCCUCAGUGCUCAGAAGUGGAGAUCCAUCAAGAAUAGUUUGAAGAUGAUCGGCGCAAGCAAACGAGCCGAGCGGCAGGUCGACCAUGCAAAGUCAGCAGAACUCAUGGCAGAACUUCUAUCGGGCGCACCGGCGGCGUUAUUUCUGGCAAGUAUGUUCCAGCGUGAUGAGCACGGUCGCAAGCGCAUUCCCAUCCUUUUAGAACAGCUCAAAGUGUCAGUGACAGACAGCUACCCUGGCGGUGAAGAUAGAAAGAUCGGCGAACGACAUACCGUUCUUCGCAUAGAGCUAGAAUAUGGCAGCGGCCUGACUAGGAUGAAAUGGAUCAUCCACCGCUCGCUCAGGGAUUUUGCCAAUCUGCACUUGAAAUACAAAGUGCAACAGCAACAGGAAAAGUUCAGUCUUUCUGGCGGUUCCAAGAAGAAAAAUCAAAAGGUCGACGACGACAAGGAGAAAGUCGACAAGGGCCCAAAGCUUCCCUCUUUCCCCUUCCGAGCUAUGCCUUACCUGCGUGGGCUUCGAGGCUACGAGGAUCUCGUCGAAAAGGAUGGCAAUGAAGAUGUUGUCCAGACCCCCGGUGGAAUGAGCGGUCCAGAGGGUGAUGCUAGUGGCUUGGAUAGGCCAGGGCCUUCCAAUGUCAAGCGACGGAAGUCCUCAUUCCAACUAGGUCGACGAACAUCAAGUAUGGCGGGCAACGAAGAGGGAACCGCAACUCGACAAGGAAGCUUCGUUGGUGGCGUUGGUGGACAGGCGACGAAGCAGAACCAAUACGAGCAGCAACGAAAGCUUCUGGAACGAUACCUGAAUCAAUUGAUCACAUUUCUCAUCUUUCGACCAGACAGCAAUCGGCUGUGCAAGUUCCUCGAACUAUCGGCCUUGGGCGUAAGACUGGCCGCCGAGGGGGGUUACCAUGGAAAAGAAGGGUAUAUGAUGAUCAGAUCCGCCAAGGGAGUAGAUAAUAGGAAGAAAUGGGGCGGCAACCCAAUGGUGCAAAGACACUGGCCAAAGUGGUUCCUCGUGAGGCAUAGCUAUGUUGUCUGCGUCGACUCACCAGAAGAGAUGAAUGUGUACGACGUAUUCCUGGUCGACUCAGAUUUUUCAAUCGAGGCAAAGGGUGGAGCCCUCAGCAAAAUAUCCGCAGGGACCAAAGAUGCUGUUACCGAUACCAAAGCAGCUGCUGCUUCCGGACACCAUCAAUUGCGACUAUUCAACUCUGAACGUAAGAUGAAGCUGAUAGCCAAGAACGAAAGACAAGCCGCACAAUUCAUGGACUCGAUCAAGUUCAUGGUUGGCAACACCCAAUGGGCGAAACCACAGCGAUUCGGGAGCUUCGCUCCGGUCCGGAAACGGAUCUAUGCACAGUGGCUGGUCGACGGCCGUGACUACAUGUGGAAUGUUUCGCGGGCAAUCAGCAUGGCUAAGGACGUCAUCUACAUUCACGAUUGGUGGUUGAGCCCUGAACUUUAUAUGCGACGACCUGCUGCCAUCAGCCAGAAGUGGAGGCUGGACAGACUUUUGCAGCGAAAAGCGCAAGAGGGUGUCAAGGUAUUCGUCAUCAUGUACCGCAACAUUAACACUGCCAUUCCAAUCGACUCGGAAUAUUCCAAGUACUCGCUAUUGGAUCUACAUCCGAAUGUCUUUGUUCAACGAUCUCCAAACCAGAUUCGACAAAAUACUUUCUUCUGGGCGCAUCACGAAAAGAUCUGUAUUGUCGAUCACACCAUUGCAUUUUGUGGUGGAGUUGAUUUAUGUUUUGGACGUUGGGAUACGCCCCAGCACGCAGUGGUCGACGACAAGCUGACCGGGUUCGAGCUUGAUGAUACACCGAAAGAUGCUGACCAUUGCCAGUUGUGGCCUGGAAAGGACUACUCCAACCCGCGUGUCCAGGAUUUCUACAGCCUUGACAAGCCCUACGAGGAGAUGUAUGAUCGAAGCAAAGUCCCACGGAUGCCAUGGCACGAUAUCGGCAUGCAAAUAGUAGGGCAGCCGGCGCGCGAUCUGACACGUCACUUUGUUCAACGAUGGAACUAUCUUCUCCGCCAGCGCAAACCAUCCCGACCCACGCCAUUCCUCUUGCCUCCGCCUGACUUCAAUCCCGCUGAUAUCGAGGCUCUUGGGCUGGACGGAACAUGCGAGGUGCAAAUCCUGCGUUCUGCUACAUCGUGGUCUCUAGGAACCCCAAACAAGACGGAGCAUAGCAUCAUGAACGCCUACGUACAGAUGAUUUCUACUUCAGAACACUUCGUCUACAUUGAGAACCAGUUCUACAUCAGCAGUUGUGAGGUUCUGGGUACCAAGAUUGAGAACAGAAUUAGUGAUGCUCUUGUCGAUCGAAUCAAGCGUGCACACAAGGAUUCAGAGGACUGGAGGGCAUGCAUAGUCAUUCCACUCAUGCCUGGCUUCCAGAACACCGUCGACCAACAGGAUGGUAGUAGCGUCCGUCUCAUCAUGACAUGUCAAUAUCGCAGCAUCUGCCGCGGCCCGACGUCCAUUUUCGGCAGAUUGCGUGCCGCUGGUAUCGAGCCCGAAGACUACAUCCAAUUCUACGCUUUAAGGUCAUGGGGUGCAUUAGGUCCUACCAAAACCCUCGUCACGGAACAGCUGUACAUUCACGCCAAAUGCAUGAUUGUGGACGAUCGUGUAGCCAUCAUUGGCUCUGCAAACAUCAAUGAACGAUCUAUGCUUGGAUCGCGCGACUCCGAGGUUGCUGCUGUAGUACGAGAUACUGAGAUGCUUGACUCUUAUAUGGCUGGUGAGCCGUACAAGGUCGGCAAGUUCCCUCACACGUUGCGUGUCCGCCUGAUGCGGGAACACCUGGGUGUCGACGUCGACCACAUCCACGAGGAUGAGUGGCCGAGCCAGGCAGAUGACGAUGAAAGCGCCCUUUUCCAUACCGAUUCAUCGUCGCCAUCUUCUCCAAACCCGGACCGAGCUACAGAAGAGAAACUUACGGCGAACCAGCAUCGCCUACAGGAUGAUUUGAUUGCGCGUUCAGAGAGGCUACAUAGCUUCAAUCAUGAUAUUGAUUGGGAGCAAGACAGCAACCCACACCUCCAGUCCAGCAAGAAGCCUACGACGGACUCUCGCAUCACCAACAAUGCCGCCCACGAAAAAGAUGUUCGAGGCGAGGGUGUGGACAACAUGCGAGACUUGCAAUCUCGCCCCAGCAUAUCUCGCGGCCGGGAUUCCUAUGUUAACGACAAGGGACAGGAAGUACUUAUGUCAGACGUGGCCGUUGAGGGCCAUCAUCACAAUCACAAGCGGAGUCCGCCCAAGAAGACCAGGCCCCGGAGCAACACUGCAGGAACUAGGGCCAGUGGGGCCAGCAGCCUGCCAGAAGGGUAUGCAGGUCUGCCGCCCCCAAGAUUGCCUCGCAUGGACACUCGACAGCUUGGCCUCACUCAGUUGAGCCAGCUUCCUGCCCUGCCUGUUUCCGACGACACAGAUAUUGGAGGUCCGCCACUUCAGCGAACCUUCAGCUAUGCAUCCUCACAUGUCAUCAAUCCUUUGCUCCAAGAUAUGCGAAGACCUAUCGUGACAGAUGACUGCAUGCGCGAUCCUCUGAACGAUUCUUUCUACCUCGACACGUGGCAUGCCGUCGCGGAAAAUAAUACCAAACUUUUCCGUCAAGUGUUCCGUUGCCAACCGGAUAAUGAAGUCAAGACUUGGAAGGAAUACAAGGAGUAUACUGCCUUUGCCGAGCGCUUCAGCCAGUCACAGGGUGGCGGAAAGUCAACUCAGAGGAAGCAGCAGGAAACGCCGGGUAAGACCGGUCCACCAGGAAGCGGAGGCACUACGUCCGAGAAAGUUGCCUCCGCCGCUGGAUCUGCCAGCCGACAUAUUGAAGCAGUUGGGGAGAAACUGUCGGAGAGGCUCAGUCAUGAUCAUCCCUCAACCGGCCAUAGCGAUCAAACCAAUGACAAGAUGGGCAACGUAGAGCAAUGGGCCCAGGACCAAGAGAAGCACGCUCCGUCAGGCAAGCUUCAUCUCUCGCCACCAGCUGAAUUUGACGAGAAAUCCGCACUCAAGCGAUCCCUCGAUGAUGCUGUUGUGUCCCCCAUCGGACCACCAGUGCCAGAAAAGGCUUUUACCUUCCCACCUCCUCCACCGAUCCCAUCAGACCCCUCAGUCUCAACCACAGCUACUGCUGACUUCGCCAACGCAAACGGUGGUGUUGCUCGAGCCCGUACUGUCACCAUCAGCGAGCCCACACGUGAGUCCCGCGCCCACGCAAACACCAUCUCCACACAUGCCUCUCAGAGAAGGAGACGACGAGCGACGACCAAGUCAAGCACACGCGCAUUCAACCACACCGACGAGGCCAUGUUGCUCGAUAAGGAGGAUGCGAAGCAGUUGCUCGAGCUUGUCCAAGGGCAUCUAGUCGUCUGGCCAUAUGAGUGGUUGGAGAAGGAGGAGAGUGGAGGAGGUUGGUUGUACACUGUGGACCAGAUUGCACCGUUGGAGAUUUAUACUUAACACCGCUCUGCCUUUUCUCCUAUUCUAUCAGUACACGCCGCUACUGUUAUCUUUUUAUCACAUAUGCUUUUUCUUUCUUUCAGUGUUUUGUGUUUCAUCUCACGCUGUAAGUCGUCAGCAUACAUCCGCACAUGCACAAGCGAAUUGCAUUUCCACGGCGUUUUUUCCCCUCAGUAUCUGCCACUCCGUUAUUGUUGUUGUGGGUGGGUCAUUCGGAGUCAUCUCAGCUAUAUUUCAAGGGGUCUCCAUUAUAUUUCAACAGCCAUUUGCUAUUUCAUCUUUUCCUUGUAUUCCAAUCAUGUACAGCUGGCCAUUGAACCUUUAUUCAACCAUCGUUCCCAUAUGUAGUAGCGAACUACAUCUCCUAGAGACUUUAGUUAUUCGGAUUAGUUUGAAUCCCGAGUGAGACGGUGCUGGCGAAGUUUCCAUUCCCCUGGACUGAGGUGGUGUGGCGUGUAGACUUUAAC